CUGCCGGCGUCACGGCCCCGUCCGGCGGGCGGGGGCUGCGCGACGGGGCCAUGUCUGCAGCGGGCGCUCCGUGGCCCUGGGCCCUGCUCUGCCUGGCGGCUCCGCUGCUCCUCCCGGGGGCGGCCGGCCUGUCCUGUUGUUACCAUGCAAAGGACAACCUGAUGUGCCGUGAUGUCUGUGAGCAGAUUUUGUCUUCCAAGAGUGACUCCCGACUGAAGCACUUACUGCAGCGAGCACCUGAGUACUGUCCAGAGGCAAUGGGAGAAGUGUGGGGCUGUAUCAAUUCUUCCUUGCCAGGAGUGCUGAAGAAGCCUGAGGGCUGGGUCGGGCUGGGCUGCUGCGAGCUGGCCAUCGCCCUGGAGUGCCGGCAAGCUUGCAAGCAGGCUUCUGCAAAAAAUGAUGUUCUGAAGGUCUGCAGGAAGGAGUAUGAGAAUGCUCUCUUUAGUUGUAUUAACAGAAAUGAAAUGGGCUCGGUGUGCUGCAGCUACGCAGGGCACCACACCAACUGCCGGGAGUACUGCCAGGCCAUCUUCCGCACCGACUCCUCCCCCGGCCCCUCGCAGAUCAAGGCCGUCGAGAGCUACUGUGCCUCCAUCAGCCCCCAGCUCGUGCACUGUGUCAACAACUACACACAGUCCUACCCCAUGAGGAACCCUACAGACAGUUUGUAUUGCUGCGAUAGAGCAGAGGACUAUGCGUGUCAGGCUGCUUGCAAAAGGAUUCUCAUGUCCAUGAAAACAGAGCUUGAAAUUGUGGAUGGGCUGAUAGAAGGCUGCAAAACCAUGCCCCUGCCCCAGGAUCCGCUCUGGCAAUGCUUUCUGGAGAGCUCCCGCUCCGUUCACCCAGGAGUCACUGUGCACCCUCCGCCUUCCACAGGCCUCGAUGGGGCUAAGCUCCAUUGCUGUUCUAAAGCAAAUUCCUCCAUGUGUAGAGAGCUCUGCACUAAGCUUUAUAGCACGAGCUGGGGCAAUUCACAGAGCUGGCAAGAGUUUGAUCGCUUCUGUGAGUAUAAUGCAGUUGAAGUUUCCAUGUUGACCUGUUUAGCAGAUGUACGAGAACCUUGUCAGCUGGGCUGUAGAAAUCUUACUUACUGCACUAAUUUUAAUAACAGACCAACAGAACUUUUUAGGAGCUGCAACACGCAGUCAGACCAGGGAGCCAUGAAUGAUAUGAAGCUCUGGGAAAAAGGGAGUAUUAAGAUGCCCUUUAUCAAUAUUCCUGUGCUUGACAUUAAGAAAUGCCAGCCAGAAAUGUGGAAGGCAAUUGCCUGCUCCCUGCAGAUCAAACCUUGCCACAGCAAAUCUAGAGGAAGCAUUAUCUGCAAAUCAGAUUGUGUGGAAAUACUGAAGAAGUGCGGAGAUCACAGUAAGUUCCCUGAAGGGCACUCGGCUGAAAGCAUUUGUGAGCUCCUGUCUCCAACAGAUGACUUGGAGAGCUGCAUCCCCUUGGAUACAUACCUGAGCCCCAGCUCCUUAGGGAGCAUUGUGGAGGAUGUGACACAUCCCUGUAACCCCAACCCCUGUGCAGCCAACCAGCUGUGUGAGGUCAACAGGAAAGGAUGUCAAGCAGGAGAGCUGUGCCUCCCGUACCUGUGUGUGCCAGGUUGCAAACUGGGAGAGGCCUCAGAUUUUAUUGUGCGCCAGGGCACGCUUAUCCAGGUUCCAUCCUCAGCUGGUGAUGUUGGUUGCUACAAGAUUUGUACCUGUGGGCACAGUGGAUUGCUGGAAAACUGCUUGGAAAUGAGGUGUGUUGACCUCCAAAAGUCUUGCAUUGUUGGAGGACAAAGAAAAAGCCAUGGCAGCUCCUUCACCAUAGACUGCAACGUCUGCUCCUGCCUGGCUGGAGAGUUGCUCUGCUCCUCUCGCCAGUGCCUGACGGAGCACAGCUCCGACGACGACCGCCGCAAGUUCACAGGUCUGCCCUGCAACUGUGUGGAGCAGUUUGUGCCGGUGUGUGGUCGGAAUGGCCGCACCUACCCCAGUGCCUGCAUCGCUCGCUGCGUGGGGCUGCAGGACAGCCAGUUUGAGUUUGGGUCCUGUGUUUCCAAGGAUCCCUGCAACCCCAGCCCCUGCAGCAAAAACCAGAGGUGCAUACCAAAGAAGCAAGUCUGCUUGACCAGCUUUGGGAAGUUUGAGUGUAGCCAGCACGAGUGUGUGCCCAGGCAGCUGAGCUGCGAGCAGACACGGGAGCCUGCCUGUGACACAGACAACGUGGAGCACCCCAACCUCUGCGCUCUCUACCAAAAAGGGAAGACUUUAGCCUACCGAGGACCGUGCCAGCCGUUCUGCAGGUCGGUGGAGCCUGUGUGCGGGCACAACGGAGAGACCUACAGCAGCGUCUGCGCUGCCUAUGCUGACCGCGUGGCCGUGGACUACCCUGGGCGGUGCCAGGCCGUGGGCAUCCUCUCUGACUUCGGCUUCCACACAGAGUGUGCCUUUGUCAGAUGCCCCCAGCUGGCUGCUGCUGGCUGCAAACCAGUCAUUGCUCCAGGAGCCUGCUGCCCGCUGUGUGCCGGGAUGCUGCGGAUCCUGUACGACAAAGAGAAGCUGGACACCUUUGCCAGGGUCACAGACAAGAAGCCCAUCACAGUGCUGGACAUCCUGGAGAAGAUCCGCCUGCACGUCUCGGUGCCGCAGUGUGAUGUGUUUGGGUACCUGAGCAUAGAGUCUGAGCUUGUGAUCCUCAUCAUCCCCAUGGACCAGAACCCCAAACCUCUGCAGAUUGAAGCCUGCAAUAAGGAGGCAGAGAAGAUCGAGUCGCUGAUCAACUCGGACAGCCCAACGCUGGCCUCCCAUGUGCCACUCUCAGCCCUCAUCGCCUCCCAGGUCCAGGUCUCCUUCACCAUCUCCUCUCCCGCUGCUCACCCGGGGCCUGCGCUGCACUCCCUGCUCGUCAGCCUUCUCUUCACCUCCUCAGCUUUAAGGCAUUCCAUGUAGCUGCUUAGGGAAGGUGCAGCAGUGCCACAGUGCUUUACCUUGUGAAGGAGACUGAACCAGGAGCCAAACCUUGUACAAAAAUGGCUGAAGAGCUAAAAGUGUUUGGAACAACAAGCAGGGGUUGUUCUGUGUCCAUUCCUGGGCAUUCAGUCCUGUUUCAGCACAAUCCAGAUCCACUCCCAUUGAUCCUGGAAAGGGGAAAAUGCUCCGGCAGGUUGUGACUCGAUGGAUUUGUGAUUUCUGGGAGAAGGGAUCUUGGAGAGUUGCCUUUUUCCAGCAAUGAACAGAAGUGUUUGGAGUUCACUGAAGAAAGUGCAUUUCGUAGCCUCCGGCUGCACAGCAGUGACAACAAAAAGCCUUCAGGGCAUCUACUUUAACCAUCGUCUUUGGAAGAAACUAAUUGCUGCUACUUAAGUACCGUAAUUACCAAAAAUGAAAGUUUAUUCUCCUGUAAAUACCCUUCCCUGGUUUAUUGUGAAGGAAACUAAGCAGCCCUGGGCCUCUUCCAGCAGCCACCUUCAGGUUGGAGCAGUGAGGAGCUUCAGGCCACGGGGCUCAGUGCUGCUGAGAUGACAAUCGAGCUCUGUUCCUGACUCAUGGGGGAGGGAAACGUGUUCUGGGGCGAGCUUUGUGCAGAGCAGCAGCUCCCGGGAUGCAGAGCCAUGAAGAAUCUCAGCACCUCUCUUUAAGUGCCAUGGAAGUGUUGUGGUCCUUGCCUCUUGCCUAAGGAGGUUUGUAGCUUACCUGUGUCUACAGACACUCGGUUGUAUUACCUGUUGUAUUUUAUGCACCUGGCCCUAGCCACCAUGAAGUAUUUCCUGUCAGUAUUACCACAGCCAGUGGCUGCAACACACCCAAGUGAUUGUUGCCAGAACGCUGAAAGUUGAGAGAAAGCGCUGAAACCAUCCCGAGGCUGCUCUUGUGGUAGCAUCUAUGUAGCCGCUGUGCCCCGCUCAAGCCGAGUAUUAAAGCUUUCUAUUUUACUACAACACUUUGUCUCGUGUCCCUGCAGUUUUGUGGAGCUCUGCAGCAGCAAACAUUUGCCUUCCCCUCUCACAUCA